AAUUUAGUAGCGCACUUUGCCCACAAUCGUCCAUUUUCUGACAUGCUAACAUAGACAACACAGUGAUUACACAUAUUCCGUGUGCCAACACGACGAUAUUUGCGAUGGAUCUCUAGCGAGGACGUGCCCCAACCACAGGAAAGCUUAGGCUUUCAGCUACACUUUAUUUUUAAUCAUGGCGUUACCCAACAUAUUUUUCUUUGUUGCCCUAUCAGUGGCUUACGAUUCUGCAGAAAUCACAAGUUAUUCAUCAUCAUCAUCAUUUGAAAAUAAAAAUGAGUUCAUUAUUCCAAGAGAUGGAGGAGUUUACUCUGUUCGACGGGCUUGUCCCGUCCAGCAACGGCUUCGGGCCGGGAGUUGAAGACCUUGACAAGUUUGAUGUGGGAUUUGGAAUCCCUGGUGACAGUCUAGUCAAAGAUGAAUAUGGUCCAGGAGAAUUAUUUGAGGAUGUUUUAUCCUCUGGAUCACUUGAAGAAAAUAAUUGGAUGGAGACAGUUGAUCUCAGCUGUUUACUCGGGGACAAUUCCCUACUAUCCGAACAAGAGACAAUUCCAAAUACCACCAAAAGUGGUCGGCUCCUGGAAGAAUUACUUACACAGCCUAUCAAAAUAAAAUCAUCACCAACUGUUCCAAAGAACAUGCAAUAUGACGCAGUUAAAGUUAUUCAAAAUGAUUCAGUUAAAAAUGAACUGGUUUACAACCCAACUGAAGUUUUAAAUCAGAAAUUGGACCAUAGUAUAAAGUCUGGCAGCAUACUUGAAGAAGCAAUGGAGGAAAUUGAUGGUAUAAACACUUUGAUUUUACAACAGCAAUUACAAGAGCUGUAUGACUCGAACAUUUCACACUGUGACACCUCUAUUAGUGACGGUGCUACCUCAAAUGAAGUUUCUUUAUUGGAUAGCAGCAAUUCAAGUUUGAUGGAUGUGACUAUGAAUGAAUUCAUUGCUUCUCCUUUGUCAUCCGAAGAUAUUGACAAUAUUUUAUCCAGUCCGGAACCUGCUUCACCGUCAAGUAGUAUUCAAGAAGAUCCGGAUUAUGUCCCUUACAUAUCUGAUGGCAGCACAAACAAAAAAUCUAAAAAGAGCCAGAAAGAGGGUAGAAGUAAAACCAAGCCCUAUGACAAACCUGUUGAAAAACUAGACAAAAAAGAACGAAAAAGAAUUCAAAACAGGAAUGCUGCCAUACGUUAUCGCGAGAAAAAGCGUCAAGAGCGUGGAACAAUUCACUCUGAUGAAGAUGUACUUAGUGAUAAGAAUAAAGAAUUGAAAACUAAAGUGGAACAGUUGGUCAAUGAAAUCAGUUAUAUGAAAAAUUUACUUACCGAAGUUUGUCAAGCAAGGGGUUUAAAAAUUCAGUUUAAAUAAAAAGUUAAGGGGGAAUGUAAUUUAUUUUCAUUUGUAAAUACUCAUUGACAGGAAUGUCACCAGGUUGUACAUUUUGUUUCAUGAUCAUGAUUAAACUUAUUUCUGCUGUGA